UUCUCUCCACAGAUCUGGUGAGCAGCUAUUCUAUGACCCCCCCUACUCUUAGCAUCACUGAGGAGGAACACAUAAUCAACGCCAAGGAUACGCUGACCAUCACGUGCAGAGGCCAGCACCCCUUGGAGUGGUCGUGGCCCGGGGGCAAGGUGGACCCUGCUGGGAAGGAGAAGGAGACCGAGUUGGUGGCCUCAGCAGCCCCCAGCAGCAGCCGGGCAAUCCGAGAAGAAGACUGCGAGGGCACCGGCACGAAGCCGUACUGCAAAGUCCUGGUGCUGACGGAGACCCAGGCGAACGACACAGGUUACUACCGCUGCUACUACAAGUACAUUGAUGCCAAAAUCGAGGGCACCACAGCAGUCAGCACCUACGUGUUUGUGAGAGAUUUUGAACAGCCAUUUAUCAACAAACCAGAGACCCUCCUCAUCAGCAAGAAGGAGAACACUUGGGUACCAUGCCUCGUGUCCAUUCCAGAUCUUAACGUCACACUGAUCUUGCAAAAUUCCCUCAUCCACCCUGACGGGAAAAGCACUUUCUGGGACAACAAGAAGGGGGUGCAGGUACCGACGCACUUGAUCAGGGACUCCCUGUUUGUCCAGUGUGAGACUGUCAUUGACAAGAAGGUCUUCAGAUCCAAUUUCUUCAUCAUCCAUAUAGCAGGGAGCGAGCUGUACGAUAUCCAGCUGUAUCCCAAGAAAGCUAUGGAGCUGCUGGUGGGAGAGAAGCUGGUCUUGAACUGCACAGUGUGGGCUGAGUUCAACUCUGGUGUCCGCUUCCAGUGGACUUACCCUGGCAAACAGACGCAGCGGGCAGUGAUAGAGCCCGAGCGCCGGUCCCUGCAGACACACACGGAGCUCUCCAGUAUCCUGACCCUGCACAACGUCAGCCAGCAGGACCUGGGCAGGUACACGUGCACUGCCACCAACGGUGCCCAGAUGCUGGAGGAGAGCACAGACGUCAUCGUGCACGAAAAGCCCUUCAUCAACGUGGAGUGGAGAAAGGGCCCCGUGAUAGAAGCCACCGCAGGAGAUGAAGCCGUGAAGCUGCCGGUGAAGGUCGUGGCUUACCCCCCACCAGACUUCCAGUGGUACAAGGACGGGAAGCUAAUUCCCAAGCAAUCUCAAUCUUCAAUGCAGAUCAAGGAUGUGUCGGAGCAGCACGCUGGGACAUACACGCUGGUUCUGCGGAACAGGCUGGCGGGGCUGGAGAAGCGCAUCAGCCUCCAGUUAAUCGUCAAUGUUCCUCCGCGCAUCCAUGAGAAGGAAGCCUCUUCUCCAAGCAUCUACUCCCGGAGGAGCCCCCAGGCCCUCACCUGCACAGUCUAUGGCAUCCCGGCACCGGAGGUGAUCCAGUGGCAGUGGAGGCCAUGGAUGCCCUGUCGGAUGUUUUCCCGACGCAGCAUCAAUAGCAGGCACCGGGCAGCAAGGCGCCAUCAGCGGGACCGGAUGCCUGAGUGCAAGGACUGGAAAGAUGUGUCACAGCAGGAUGCAGUGAACCCCAUCGAGAGCAUCGACACCUGGGUGGAGUUUGUGGAGGGACGGAACAAGACAGUCAGCAAACUGGCCAUCCAGGAGGCCAACGUCUCAGUCAUGUACAAGUGUAUUGCCUCUAAUAAAGUGGGUCGAGAUGAGCGGCUGAUCUACUUCUACGUGACCACCCUUCCAGACGGGGUCGAGAUUAGUUUUUUUCCCAUAGAGGGGCAGGACCUACAGCUGAGCUGCAAUGCAGACAAUUACACCUACGAGAACCUGCAGUGGUAUCGGCUGAACCUCUCCAAGCUCCACGAUGAGGAGGGCAACCCCCUCGUGCUGGACUGCAAGAACGUCCACCACUACGCCACCAAGAUGCAGGGGGAGCUGCGCUUCCAGCCGGACUCCAAUGAUGCCACCUUGCUGCUCACCAUCCCCAACAUCUCCCUGGGCGAGGAGGGAGACUACGUGUGUGAGGUGCAGAACAGGAAGACCCGGGAGAAGCACUGCCACAAGAAAUACAUCUCUGUGCAGGCCCUGGAGAUCCCCCGCCUCAAGCAGAACCUGACAGACAUUUGGGUGAACGUCAGCGACUCCAUAGAGAUGCGCUGUAAGGUGGAUGGCAACCACGUUCCUGAAAUCAGCUGGUACAAAGACGAGAAACUGGUAGAAGAAGUGUCAGGGAUUGACCUGGCAGACUUCAACCAGAGGCUGAGCAUUCAGAGGGUGAGGGAGGAGGAUGCUGGGCUCUACCUGUGCAGCGUCUGCAAUGCUAAGGGCUGUGUGAACUCCUCGGCCAGCGUCUCUGUGGAAGGCUCUGAUGACAGGACCAAUGUGGAGAUUGUCAUUCUGAUUGGGACUGGUGUUAUCGCUGUUUUCUUCUGGAUCCUUCUUAUCCUCAUCUUCUGUAACAUCAAAAGGCCUGCCCAUGCAGAUAUCAAGACAGGCUACCUCUCCAUCAUCAUGGACCCCGGUGAGGUACCCCUGGAGGAGCAGUGCGAGUACCUGCCCUAUGAUUCCAGCAAGUGGGAGUUCCCACGGGACCGUCUGCGCCUGGGUAAAGUCCUGGGUCAUGGUGCCUUUGGGAAGGUGGUGGAAGCAUCAGCAUUUGGGAUCAAUAAAAGUAACAGCUGUGAGACCGUAGCAGUCAAAAUGCUGAAAGAGGGAGCUACUGCAAGCGAGCACAAGGCACUGAUGUCAGAGCUGAAGAUCCUCAUUCACAUCGGGAAUCACCUCAACGUGGUGAAUUUGCUGGGUGCCUGCACCAAACCCAAUGGUCCACUCAUGGUUAUUGUUGAGUUCUGCAAGUAUGGAAACCUCUCCAACUACCUGCGGACCAAGCGGGAAGGAUUCAGUCCUUACAGGGAGAAGUCUCCCAGGCUGCGUAUUCAGGUCCAGUCCAUCGUGGAGGCAGUGAGAGCAGACAGGAGGAGUCGGUCUGGGACUAGCGACAGCGCUAUCUUCAACCGCUUUCUGCUGCACAAGAGCCCGACAGCGCAGCCGAUCCAGGAAGUGGAUGACUUGUGGCAAAGUCCCUUGACAAUGGAAGACCUGAUCUGCUACAGCUUCCAGGUGGCACGUGGCAUGGAGUUCCUGGCAUCCCGAAAGUGCAUCCACAGAGACCUGGCAGCUCGCAAUAUCCUGCUGUCAGAGAACAACGUGGUAAAGAUCUGCGACUUCGGCCUGGCCCGCGACAUCUACAAGGACCCUGACUACGUCAGGAAAGGCAGUGCCCGUCUCCCACUGAAAUGGAUGGCUCCAGAGAGCAUCUUUGACAAGGUCUACACCACCCAGAGUGAUGUCUGGUCCUUUGGGGUCCUUCUCUGGGAAAUUUUCUCGCUAGGGGCAUCUCCAUACCCUGGAGUCCAGAUCAACGAGGAGUUCUGCCAGAGGCUCAAAGAUGGUACCAGGAUGAGAGCCCCAGAGUAUGCCACAGCAGAAAUAUACCGUAUAAUGCUGAGCUGCUGGCAUGGUGAUCCCAAGGAGAGACCAACAUUCUCUGACCUGGUGGAGAUACUGGGGAACCUUCUUCAGGAAAACGUCCAGCAGGAAGGGAAAGAUUACAUCCCGCUGAACGACUCUCACAGCUCAGAAGAUGAUGGUUUCUCCCAGGUGCCUUCCUCUGCCCAGCAAAACUCAGAUGAAGAGGACUUUGACAUGAGGAUACGCUGCCACAGCCUAGCAGCAAGAUACUACAACUGUGUCUCGUUCCCUGGUUGUUUGACGGGAGGAAAUCAGAUCAGGUGUCCAUCCAGGAUAAAGACAUUUGAAGAGUUUCCCAUGACACAUACAAUGUACAAGGCACACCCGGACAAUCAGACAGACAGUGGGAUGGUUCUGGCAUCUGAGGAAUUUGAGAGGAUAGAAAACCGACACAGAAAAGAAGGUGGAUUCAGCAGUAAAGGGCCGAGCCGAACUGCGGAGCUGCCGGGGGAACAGUCGGACCUGCGGGGCAGAUGUCGUCCGUCGUAUGGGUCCCAAGUCGGAGGCCAGACUUUUUACAACAGUGAAUACGGGGAGCUGUCAGAACACUCUGAGGACGGCAGCUGCACCCCGCCUGGAGAGGGGGCCAGUCCCCCCACUCUCCAUGCUUCCUUCUUCUCCGAGCAGUACUAACGGCAUCAGGCCCUGGAGGCACCUGCCGAGGCAUCCCCUCUCACCCUCCAGGCACGUCACCAGAGUCACUCAGAACUUCUACUUCAGCCUAUGCCCAACCCCAGCAGGGAACCUACCCCGAAUGGAUGGGGAACCGCAGCGCGAUGGCUCACACAGCACCACCAGCUGUAGCUUCCCCAUGCCGGGACUGGAGAGAGCACCUUGCUGAUUCCUUGUGUUUCUUUUCUUCCUGUGGCUCAGACAGAUGCAUUCUGCCAGCGAGUGGGUGCCUGUGUUCAGCACUACAGCACCUUCUGCCUAGCAUCCAGCCUCCGCUCAGAUCAGCUUCCCAUUCAGAAAGCCCAUUUCAGGUCAGAUAUAAAUAGAUCCGUCUUAGUCUCAAGUUUCUUCCUGGUGUGCAGCCUGAAUGUUUU